CAAAAACCCACCGGAAUUAAUAUAUUCCGGCCAAAGUCGGAGAAGCCCUGCAAGCGAUUCCGUCCGCAAGUGAGAGAAGUUCGGAGCUGGUAAGAAAGAAGGAAAUUAUUCAAGAUAAAACUUUAUAUCGCCUUUCUGUCUUUCCUAUUCGACAUCAAUUGUCCUUAGACAAGAUGCAGGCUUUUUCAAGAUGUGCCAGACCUGCGAUGCAGGCAGCUAUGAGAAGACAAGGUUAUUCCACAGCAACCUCUGCGUAUGCUGCGACGGCAGAAAACCUUCGUAUCACUAAGGAUACUAGAGUUAUCUAUCAAGGUUUUACUGGUAAACAAGGAACGUGAGUACUAUUGCGACUGUCUAUUUGGCAUUAAAGAGUCGUGUUGACAAAUUCUGCUAUAGUUUCCAUGCUCAGCAAGCCAUCGAAUACGGUAUGUUUCUCCCAUGCGAUCAAUGGGGAUUGAAAGGAUUCUGAUAUGGAAAUAGGUACAACUGUUGUUGGAGGUACAAACCCAAAGAAGGCUGGUCAAACUCAUCUCGAUUUACCCGUUUUCUCAACCGUCGAACAAGCUGUCAAGGAAGCCGGCGCUACAGCUUCUGCUAUCUUCGUCCCGUAAGAAAUAUUGCAGUCGCAAAGAAUCUAUGAUGAAAGGAUGGACUUGAUACUGAUACGAUAUACAUUGCAGACCCCCUCUUGCUGCCGCCGGUAUUGAGGAGGCCAUCGCUGCUGAAAUCCCUUUGGUUGUGUGGUAAGAAUUUAUGAAAUUUGCAUGUGAUAGCACUUGGGCUGACUGAUAUGGGUUAGUAUCACUGAGGGUAUUCCACAACAUGGUAUGUUUGUAUGUUUGGAGCUUAGGCGCAUAUAUCUAACCUCAAUCCAGACAUGGUUCGAAUCACAGAUAUCUUGAAGACUCAAGGAAAGACACGUUUGGUUGGACCCAAUUGCCCAGGUCUCAUUGCGCCAGGACAGUGUAAAAUUGGUAUCAUGCCAGGGUUCAUUCACAAGCGUGGACGUAUUGGUAUUGUUUCUCGUUCAGGAACUUUAACCUACGAGGCUGUUAACCAAACUACACAAGCUGGAUUGGGACAAUCCCUUGUUGUUGGUAUUGGUGGUGAUCCAUUCUCCGGAACUAACUUUAUCGACUGCUUGAAGGUAUUCCUUGAGGAUGAGGAGACUGAUGGUAUCAUUAUGAUUGGAGAAAUUGGAGGCUCCGCGGAAGAAGAUGCUGCUGAGUUCUUGAAGGAUUACAAUACCUCUAAGAAACCAGUUGUCAGCUUUAUCGCUGGUAUCUCUGCUCCCCCUGGACGAAGAAUGGGACACGCUGGUAAGUAGAUUGAGCUAAUUUCGAUCGAAGACAUUUUGCUAACUCAUAUUAGGUGCUAUUGUCAGUGGUGGAAAGGGUGGUGCCGAUUCCAAGAUCUCAGCUCUUGAGGCUGCUGGCGUUAUCGUUGAGAGAAGUCCGGCGUUGCUCGGAAAGACAUUACAUGCUGAGUUCAUGAGACUUGACAUGAUUUAAUGAUAUUUAUUUUGUGAAUAGAUAAUGGGGGGCGAUGAUGGUGUGCAUUUGGUUUUCAUGGUUUUCUUCACCAAUACCUCAUUCCUGUACAGCUAGCACUUACCCAUGUUUGCCAGCAUAGAUUUUUAUAGACUUGUGAUACAAGAGAUAAUCGAGGCAAAGUUUCCACGUGUGUGAUGAGUGACAACUUGUACAGACCCAAAGCGACCAGAUGUUGAGGGCCACAACAUGAUCGUCUGAUACUAUAUGAGAAAGUGAUUGACAAAU